AUGCUAUAAUUAUAGAAGGAUUUUAUUAAUAAUUGCCAAAUAGUGUCUUUUAAUCAGUUAGCAUAAACUAACCUAUCCAUUUUAACAUUUUGUUAGCACUUUUUUUUUCCAUAUUAUUUAUGUGAUUUUUUAAUUAACCAUAGUUUUACAUUUGUAUACCCAGGUAAGUGUAAUCUUUUGAAAUUUCGCGUUGAUGAACAAGAAGGCAGAUUUCAAUUUGUUAAUUUUGAGAUUCCAACUCUGGCUAGUUUCUUCAUGUAUUCCUAAGAACUUUCAGUAUUUUUAUGCUUUUUCCCAAUUACAAUAUCGUCAGCUCCAACUUUAUUUAAGGUCCAAAUAAAAUUGUCUUUGUAUAUCUUAAAAAAUUGGCGGUGCUAUAUUUUCCAUCAUCAUGAUAGACAUUUAAGAUUCAUUCCUUUUAUUAUUCCUGUAAUUCAUUUUAAAAGCAUUAUUAUCUAUCCUCACAAAAAGGCUACAAUAACUUUCUAAGUGCUAAUUAAAUGGUUCUUCCUUCAAAUUUAAAGUAAGAAGUAUUUAAAAUUUGAAGGAAAACUAAAGACUACAAAACUCGAUCUUAAAGUUGGAGUAAUUUUGUCCUUUCGGUCUUAGAUAGAUUAUAGAGAUCAUCAUUAUUUAAGAACCAAUGGAAAAGGAACGGUAAUAGUAUUCCCAAAAUCUUAGUGUCUUCUAAGGCCAGAUUCAGGUCUUCUUACUUAGGGUUCAAGAAUUAAAAUCACUAGUCAAAUGACAAUCCUCCUUGAGGAUUGCUCUAGGACUUCCUCGCUCUUGGAUAAUUUGAGGAUAAAUCUAUAUCUAUUCCUUUCUACAAAUAAUUUUUCGAUGAGAUAAAGGAUCCAUCUUAGGAAACUCAUUGAUUUAAAUUAUGUUAAUGCAUCUCUAUUUGUGAAGAUUUAACAAACCAAAAGUGAAAUUAACAAAAUUUAGAAUUUAUUAAAUCAAAUCUGA